UAUAGUAUAUUUAUGAAUAAAAAAUAAUAUUUUAUUAUUAUUUAUACAUAAUUUUAUAAAAACGAUCUUAACAAUAUUAUUUUUAUUUAAAUACCGAUUGAUGACUUAAUGAGAAUUAUUUGUACGGCACACGUGUGUGCUGUACCCAUGUGGAUCUAGCUUUUGGAAUUUAAUGUUACGUAUAAUAUUUGUAAUGGAAAAUGGAUAAUAAUUGUGACUUAAUCAAAACUAUCGAAGACGAUGAAGAGGUGCCAAAUUAUUCUGAAAAUUCUGAUGUAGAAGACGAUUUUCAGCCACGAAAACAAAGUAGAAAGAAAAAUAAAGACUUCGAUAAUAAUUUUCAAUUUAUAAAUGACGUUUCUGAAUAUAAUAAGGACACAUGGAAUGAUUUAAGCAAAUACAUUAAACGGAAAGUCAAAACAAAACUUGAUGACAAGAUUAAAAAGAUUAGAAAAGGAACUGAAAAUGAAGAAGAAAAUGAUGAUAAUUCUAUUGCAGAUCUAUCUGAAAUUAAACAGACGGAUGAUGAAAUUUCCCUGUCUGAAGAUGAACUCAAAAAAGAUAUCUUUAAGACUAAAGAAAGAAAGAACAAAAAGAAAAAGGUUAUUAAUGAAAAUAUAGAAGAAACAAUUAAUUUUGAAGAAUAUUCUAACUCUGAAUCACACGCAACUUUUUAUCAAAUGAAUUUAUCACGACCUUUAUUAAAGGCUAUAACAGCUAUGAAUUUUGUACAUCCUACACCUAUUCAGGCUGCUACUAUUCCAGUUGCAUUAAUGGGACGAGAUAUAUGUGGUUGUGCUGCCACAGGUACCGGUAAAACUGCAGCUUAUAUGCUUCCAACUCUAGAAAGAUUAUUGUACAGGCCUUUAGAUGGUCCUGCUAUUUCUAGAGUUCUUGUACUUGUACCAACGAGAGAACUUGGUGUGCAAGUGUAUCAAGUCACCAAGCAGUUAUCUCAGUUUACGACAAUCGAAGUAGGAUUGUCUGUUGGUGGCUUAGAUGUUAAAGUUCAAGAAACUGUAUUAAGGAAGAAUCCAGAUAUUGUAAUAGCCACGCCUGGCAGAUUAAUUGAUCAUUUAAAAAAUACACCUACCUUUUCACUAGACAGCAUUGAAGUACUCAUCUUGGAUGAAGCUGACAGGAUGUUAGAUGAAUAUUUUGCUGAACAGAUGAAGUAUAUUGUUAAUCAAUGUGCGAGGAGUAGACAGACAAUUUUAUUCUCUGCUACUAUGACAGAAGAAGUAAAAGAUUUAGCUGCUGUAUCAUUGGAUAAACCAGUGAAGGUGUUUGUAGAUAGUAAUCAAGACGUUGCGUUUAAUUUACGUCAGGAAUUUAUUCGGAUACGAAAAGAAAGAGAAGGAGAUCGGGAAGCAAUUCUGGCUGCUCUAAUCUGUAGAACUUUUCAUGAUCAUGCUAUGGUUUUCGUCCAAACAAAGAAACAAGCUCACAGACUUCAUAUUUUGUUAGGAUUAUUAGGUGUAAAGGUUCAAGAACUUCAUGGUAAUCUUACACAACCGCAACGUUUAGAAAAUUUAAGAAAAUUUAAAAAUGAGGAAAUAGAUAUUUUAUUAGCAACAGAUGUUGCUGCAAGAGGUCUAGAUAUUAGUGGUGUAAAAACUGUAAUUAAUUUCGUUAUGCCACCUACCAUGCAACAUUAUAUACAUAGAGUUGGAAGAACUGCUAGAGCUGGUCGAGGUGGAGUAUCGGUAUCAUUGGCUGGGGAACAAGAACGCUCGCUAGUUAAGGAAAUUAUAAAAAAUGCAAAAAAUCCAGUAAAAAAUCGAAUAAUACCGCCUGAUAUUAUUGAAAAAUAUAAUAAAAAAUUACAAUCACUUCAACCUGAUGUAGAAAAAAUACUAGAAGAGGAAAGAAAUGAAAGAGAAUUAGCUAAAAUGGAAAAUCAAACAAAUCGCGUGGAAAAAUUACUUAAAAGCGAAAGCAAUAAAGGCGAACAAAGAAGUUGGUUCCAAACUCAAAAAGAAAGGAAAGAAGAAAAAGAAAGGUUAUCAUUAACCGAAAAACAGUUAAAGAGUAAAGCAACUAAAAAACAACAUCGAGAGCCUUCAAAUAUAGUUGAGGAGAAGAAGAAAAAAGUAACCAAGGAAGUUAAAAAAGAAACAGCAGAAGACAGAGCGAAAUAUGAAUUAGACAAAAUUGCAGCAUAUCAAGCAAGAUUAGCUAAAAAGAAGAAUAAACAAAAAAAGAUUCGAACAAUUGUAGAUGAUGAUAGAUCUACAACUAACAGAAAAACUGGUCUAAAACGAUCGAAAUCUUCGUUUGCUGCUGAUUUAACAGACAUAAGUAAGAAAGCAGUGAAGAGAAUGCGUUAUGAGACAAAUGUUAAAAAGAAUCGAAGUAAAACUAAAGGUGGGCAAAAUUUCGGCGGAGGAAAAAAGGAUAGCAGACAAUCUUUUAGAAAACGUUAAGAUGAAUUUUAUAUCUGCAACUACCUCUUAUUAAAUACAUACUAUUUUA